GUGCAUGUCCCCAGCCCGCGGUGGGGAUGUAGGGGACAGGAAGAGGCAGCAGCCACAGCUGGGGGCUCCGGCACAACUUGUCCCAGCAGUAAUAGGGGGUCAGGGCUCCCAGGGCCACGCUCCCUCCCACUCUUCACCCAGGCUGAUGCGAUGCUGUGGGUUUCUCAUCUGCUGGGUGCAUUUUGAGCAUGGAGGGGGGUGGCAGGUGCAGCCGCCGUCACCCUCUUUCCUCCCCAGCCCCCCCCCCCCGCAUCGAUACAUCCUCUGCCGGGGGGGCAGGAAGUGUUGGGGCCCCCUCUGCACCGCUCACACUGCAGCAGCGGGACCUGCUCCAGCAGCGCUCGGUGAUGGACACCGCCCGGCGCACUGCGGCCACGCUGCUGCUGGCGGGUCUGGCGGCGGCUGGGGAGCCCGCAGCGAGUCGCAGCGACCGGGCGGUGGGAGCCCUGCUGGGGCUGCUGCUGUGCCUGGCCGUGGGGCUGGCCCUGGCCUGGAGGCACCUCUGCCGCCUUUCGGACGGCCGCUACCACCCCCGGCCCGCGGGGCGCCGCGCCCUGGCCGUGCUGCGGGGCCGAUGGCGGCGGCUGCGGGGCCGGGAGAGCGCGGCCGAACCCAGCGGGGAAGGGGACGAAGUCCCGGAAGCGGAGGAGCUGAUGCCGUGGGGCGCGGUGCGGCAGCGGCGCGAGGAGGAGGAGGAGAACGGAGAGAAACCGGCCCCAAAGGAGGAGGAGAAGGACGAGGAGGAGGAGGAGGAAGGAGAGGAUGAGGAAGAGGAGGAGGAGCAGCGCCCGGCGGAGCAGCCCCACGCACUGCCCGGCGAUGCGCUCAGCCUGGCGGGGACGGCGGCGUGGGGGGAUGCGCGGCCGUCGGACAGCACGGCGCUGUGACGGCACCGCCCCAAUAAAGCGCUCAGAGCUCC